GGUAACAGCUGUGCCAACACAGGGAAUGAAGAACCAUGGCUUCACUUCUUUACAGUGCCCGGCUUCGUCUGGAUGGCAAUCUUGAACAGAUGCAGCAAGGGACAAUGAUGCGUAAAGUGAAGUCCAAGAAUUGGAAGAAACUGCGGUACUUCAGGCUGCAGGAUGACUGCAUGACCAUUUGGUACAGGUCCAAGAAGUCUGGAAAUGCCAAGUCUGCUUUUUCAGUGAGCGAUGUGGAGACUGUGCGCGAGGGUCACCAAUCGGAGGUAUUACAGAGUCUAGCUGAGGAAUUCCCACCUGAAUGUUGUUUCACCAUCGUUUUCCAUGGGCGUCGUGGCAACCUGGACCUAAUUGCUAGCUCAGCUGAAGAAGCUCAAUGUUGGAUCCAAGGCCUGCAACGCCUUGUGGAAGUGGUCACUAACAUGGAUCAGAAGGAAAAGAUAGAUCAAUGGAUCUGUGAUUGGUUCCAAAAAGCUGAUAAGGACAAGGAUGGGCGCAUGAACUUCAAGGAGGUCCAGCACUUGCUCAGGAUGAUGAAUGUGGAUAUGAAUGAAGACCAUGCUUUCCGGCUCUUCCAGAUGGCUGACAAAUCCGAGACAGGGACACUGGAAGGGGAGGAGUUUGUGCUAUUCUACAAAGCGCUAACUCAGCGAGAUGAGGUACUCAAGAUCUUCCAGGAUUACUCCAAGGAUGGCAAGAAGCUGACGCUGCUGGAGUUUGUGGACUUCUUGGAGCAGGAGCAGAUGGAGAGCAAUGGCCUUGAGGAGUUGGCCAUGGAGCUGAUUGAUAGAUAUGAGCCAUCUGACACAGCCAAGGCUCGCCACGUCCUGAGCAUAGAUGGAUUCCUCACGUACCUCUGCUCACCAGACGGUGCCAUCUUCAACCCUGAGCACAGGAGGGUCUUCCAGGACAUGUCGCAGCCCCUCUGCCAUUACUUUAUCUCCUCUUCCCACAACACGUACCUGAUGGAGGACCAACUGCGAGGGCAGAGCAGCAUUGAGGGAUAUAUCAGGGCUCUGAAGCGUGGCUGCCGAUGCUUAGAGGUAGACUGUUGGGAUGGGCCUAGUGGGGAGCCCAUUGUCUACCAUGGCCAUACAUUCACCUCCAAGAUCCCCUUCCGGGAAGUAGUGUCAACUGUUGAGAAAUAUGCUUUCCAGGUUUCUGAUUAUCCCGUCCUCCUAUCCAUCGAGAACCACUGCAGCAUCGAGCAGCAGGAUGCCAUGGCACAGCAGCUGAAAAGCAUUCUCGGAGAGCAGCUCCUCACCACCACCACGGACGGGCGAGUCCCUGUGCAGCUGCCUUCUCCUGAGGAACUGAGAGGCAAGGUCAUUCUGAAGGGGAAAAAGAUCGGGUGCCUAGAGGAUUCUCUGAUUGGACGGCCAGAUGAGGAGCCUGAGGGAGAGGAUUCUGAGGAGGAGGAGGAGGAGGAGGAAGAGGCAGAAGAGGAAAUCCUGCGCAAUGAAGCAAAAAAGAAAGAGAAGAAAUCCAAACAGUCCCUUUCUGAGGAGCUUUCAGAUUGUAUUAUCUACUGCAAGAGUGUGCCCUUCUCUAGCUUCCAACACUCCCGUACCCACUACAAGCCCUAUGAGAUGUCAUCCUUCACAGAAUCCAAGGCCCGGAAACUCGUCCGAGAGGCUGGGAAUGACUUUGUCCGCCAUAAUGCCUGGCAGCUAACACGGAUCUAUCCCAGUGGGAUCCGAGCCGACUCCUCCAAUUACAACCCCCAGGACAUGUGGAAUGUGGGGUGCCAGAUGGUGGCUUUGAAUUUUCAAACAGCUGGUACAGAGAUGGACUUGUGCGACGGGCUCUUCAGUCAAAAUGGCCACUGUGGCUAUGUGUUGAAACCAAGCUUCAUGAGGGAUACAGAGACAGCUUUCAGCCCUGAAAACCCCCCAAGUAGGGGUGACAGUGCUCUGAGCUUAUCCAUUCAGGUGAUUAGUGGACAACAGCUCCCCAAAGUGCCCAACAGCAAAGAAGGCUCCAUUGUGGAUCCAAUGGUGCGCAUUGAGAUUCAUGGGAUUCCUGCUGAUAGUGCUAAGCGGGAAACCAAAUAUAUAGAAAACAAUGGGUUUAACCCACAGUGGGGUGAGACUCUUCACUUCCAAGUGAGGGUACCAGAGCUGGCACUCGUGCGCUUUGUGGUGGAGGACUAUGACAAGGCAUCACGGAAUGACUUUGUGGGGCAGUACACAAUUCCUCUUACUAGUGUCAAAGCAGGAUACCGCCACAUCCACCUUCUUUCCAAGGAUGGCACAGGGAUCACACCAGCAUCUCUUUUUGUCCACAUCCGGAUGGUGGAUUUAUCCACUGAGAUUGACUAGAUCCCAAUGCUAUGCCUCAGAAAGUAACUCCUC